GAUGCCUGUUUGAACGUACGAGAAUAAAAUUAAAGUAACCCGUCCAUCCAUAAAGAAACUAGGCUACCUAUAUUAUCCAAACAUUGAAUUGUGACAAAAAAAUCUGGAUACAAUGGGUUCCAAAACGACAAGCAAUACGACCACCAAAGUCAUCUCCGUAGUGAGCAAAGUGUAUUGCUCAGCUUCCGAGAAGGUCCUCGUCGUCCGGCAACGCCCGCACGUCGCCAACGGCGGAGGUUUCGUGGUCACCGACGUCGACCAAACCCCUCUUUUCAGCGCCGAAGGAUGCGGAGUUAUUGGGAGGAAGGAUGAGCUGAUUCUUAGAGACAACUUCGACAGUCCUUUGCUUCUCAUUAGAAAAAAGGGAGAGAUAGUUGAAGUUCUAAGCAUGGCGAGAAAAUGGAAAGGCUAUACAACAACAUUUGAAGGAUCUCGGAAGCUGGUUUUUACCUUAAAAGAGCCAAACUCGUGUAUUUUUAAGAACAUCCCUAUUAAGAUUUCUAUUGAAUCAAGAGAUUACGGUAAUAAUCACCGGAAUUUCACCGUUGCCGGCUACUUCCCCGAUAGAGAUUGCAGCAUCCUUGAUUCUCUCGGCAACGCAAUUGCAAAACUGGAAUUGAGAAAAGGAAUAGUGGUUAAAAGCAAGGAUGUGUACAAUGUGAUCAUAAAGGCAGGGGUGGAUCAGGCCUUUGUUAUUGGAGUGAUUGCCAUACUUGACUACAUAUAUGGUGGAAGCACUAGAUGUUGAUUCAAUCCUUCCCCCAUAAAGAAAAUUGUUAUGACUUUAUGUAUGUACCGACACAUUAUAUAUACACAUACACAUAUGUAUCGCUUCAUUAUUUAAUUAAGAAACUUCAAGAUGUAAAUAAAAUUGCUAGAGGUUAAAAUAUUAACCGUAAUUACUAUAACUGGCAUCCUCUUCAACCUCUUGUUAUAUUCGUGGUUUGACAAUCCGUAAUUGUGAAGUUGUAGAUCCAAUUCAUAAAUUACUUUGUUCUCAUUCAUUGUACAAUGUCAUACUAAUGCAUAUGGA